GCUGCCAUCGUCGAGGGGGUUGGAGCUCAGCGAUGGAGUCUGCGGUGAAAUCAGGAGCACUGCUAUCUCUCGAGGACCUCCACCCGUCUUCCCCAUUUUUCGCCGACGGGUCGUCGCUCAGAGUAAUCGGAAAGCUACAAGAGUAUUCUUCGGAAACGGCUUUGGCAAUUAUAGUUGAUGGAAGUGCCAAGCUGAAGGUGAACACAAACCAUCUGAGGGACCUCAGCUUUCGAGCCGGUUCAAUCUACCAAUUCAUCGGUGAACUUCAUAUUCACCAACCUGAGAAUGAGGCAAUCUUGCAGGCUCGCGUGGGUAGGAAUGUGGAUGGGAUCGAUCUCAACCUCUAUCAUCAGUCUCUACAGCUCGUGAGACAGUUUCAGGCUGAGCGAACGGGCAACCGCAUGGCCCAAUGAAGCUGUAAACUGCAAUGGGUGAUGACUGGUGGGAUUUUUGUGAAGAAAGCUACUGAAUUAGAUGAGCACUGAGCAUUAUAAUUAUAACAAGUUUCUGCAAAGUCUUGUUACCAUUCCUUCUCCUGGAUGCGAUGUUCCAAUUGGCUCCAGCUGUGUGAUACAGCUUCAACAUAUAUCAUAUACCUCAUUUUGAGGCCGGUAAUGAAAUUUUCGCAUCACUCGCUUCAAGUAA